UUGCUAAUUUAGUUGUUACAGGCAUUUAUAUACAUCAUGUAUCGCCGUUUGUAAUGUAUAUGUUCACCAGAGUGUUUGUAGGUAUAUUUCAAUGCUUUUUUAUCGCGUGGCACGUUCAGGAAACGUUACAAGGAAGAAGUUAGUUAGUUAAGCCAGCGUUAGCAUUAGCAUGCUAGCCGCACAACACAGACAGGACGAGAGAGCGAAGCAGCUGCUGCUUUACCCUUCCUCUUCAAGGAAGUUUGCGGGGGCGAGGAUUCAGGAGGCCUAGAUAAGUCUGGUGUGAAUUAUUUCAGCUCACCCGGAGUUAAAAUGGCAUAGAAAAUCACCUAAUUGAAAACCUCAAGCAUUUUUGUGGUUAGGAUAAGGAUUGGGUUGCUGAUUGUCUUCCUGAAAGACAAGUCAGUGACGAUGGGGUCAUUCUGCAAGGAGGACUGAGGGAUCUGACCUAGAUGUUUUUCUAUUCUACUUUUCUUUCUUUUCAACUCUUCUUUUUCUUUCAUGAGCACCUGUAUUUCAGAGGAGCACUAUCGUCAGAAUGACUGCCUCUUUCAACCUUUGUGUCCUCAACGUUUUGUUUGUAACUGCCUACAGCAGCCUGGAGCUGGCCUCCAGUACUGCUCAUUGUGGACAAUCUCCCCAAGUCCUGGAAGCCCAGAGGGGAGAGAUCAGAAGCUCCGUCCACCACAGCUGGUCCUAUCGCCCACGGCCGUUCAACUGUAGUUGGAUUAUCAAGGCACACGUAGGAGAGCCCGUUAUCCUCAGUUUCUCCCAGUUUUCUACACGCUGUAAGAAGGAAUGGGUCUCGGUGACGUCAUCAACUGGCAAGCCCAUUACCUUAUGUGGUUCCGACCUGCCAAAGCCCAUGGAGUUGAUGGGGGGGAACAUUACAGUGACACACCACUUCCUGCCACACUUAUUCCCCGUCUCUGCAUUCUGCCUGGGCUACGUCAGAGACUCUGGUGAAUGUCCGGUGGUGGACUUUGAGUGUUUGGGCGGGCGCUGCCUGCCCUUGUCCUGGCGCUGUAACGGCCGGACAGAGUGUCUGGGUGAAGGGAUGGGGCUGGGAACAGACGAGCAGGACUGUGAUGGAGAGAUCGAGAUCCUGGAUCCUGAGCACGACAAAGUAGUGGCGACCACCACCACACCAGAGUCCUACAUAGAGAGAGAGAGUGAGGGGGAGACAGGAAGAGAGAAGAACGGGGGGAGGGAUUGGGAAACGGCACCGGUUGAGGUGGAGAAAGAAGAGAAGGAAGUAGAGGAGGAUGGGGARUACACCAAGGUAAAGGAGACAGAUAAUCCUAUAGAGGACUACUGGGAGUUCCUGCCUCGUCAACUCCCCAGCCCCGAGCCUCAUAGAGCCCACCCCAGUCCCGGUGUGACCCGGGCCCCCAUUGAGUGGCCAUGUGGCGGCCUCCUCCAAACCUUCUAUGGGACGUUCGCCCCUCCUUCCAUCAAGGGCCCCCCUCUGUUCUGUGUGUGGACCCUGGACCCACAGGACUCCAGGCCUCUGAAGCUGGACCUGCAGCUGCUGGAACUGGGGCCUGGAGACACGGUCACCAUCACCAACAGACAGCAGGGCACCGGGGAGCUCAUCAAAACUAUCACCAGCGAGUCCAGUUACAAAGCCAUCCAGGUCGAGUCCCGGACCGGCCUUCUCUCCCUGACCUAUCGCACGCUCCCCGGCUCAGAGGGGCUGGGCUUCAACGCCACCUACCGUGUCGGGGGCUACUGCCCCCCCUGGGAGGGUAAAUGUGGGGGUGCCGCGGGGGGCUGCUACACCCAAGAACAGAAGUGUGACGGGCGCUGGGACUGUCCUGAGACAGGGCAUGAUGAGGCGGGAUGCAGGGGGUGUCCCAGGGACCAGUUUGCUUGCGGAGGGGUGGGGCAGCGGGCGGUGCUGGCGGGUCAUAACUUCAUAGGGCGUCCGGUGUGCUUCCCUGCCAAGGAGAGGUGUAACUACCAGCUGUACUGUGCUGACGGGAGCGACGAAAAAGACUGUACCAUAUGUCAACCUGGGACCUUCCACUGCGACAGCAACAGYUGUGUGUUUGAGAGCUGGAGUUGUGACGGCCAGGUGGACUGUAAGGACGGGACAGACGAGAUGAACUGCACCAUGACCCUGCCUCGAAAGGUCAUCACCGCGGCAACCGUGGGCAGCCUGGUCUGUGGGCUGCUGCUGGUCAUCGCUAUGGGCUGCACCUGCAAGCUCUACUCACUGCGGACCCGAGAAUACAGUAUGUUUGCGCCAAUCAGCCGCCAGGAGGCGGAGCUAAUCCAGCAGCAGGCCCCUCCCUCCUAUGGUCAAUUGAUCGCCCAGGGCAUCAUCCCUCCAGUGGAGGACUUCCCCACGGAGAACCCCAACGAGUCUUCCUCUCUUUCUCUGAGAGGUUUUCUCCAGCUUCUCAGACAGGAUACUUCUAACUCUCCACGACGCCGACGCCGUCCCCGAUUCAUCCGCCGGGCUGUCCGUCGCAUGCGGAGAUGGGGCCUAAUCCCCAGAUCCGCCUCCAGGCCCUCCCAGCCAUCCAGUUCUGCCCCCCAGCUGACAGAGGCCCCCUCCACUGGUGUGGAUCCCAGUCAAUCAACUCCCGCCACCACCUCAUUGGCUGUGGAAGCCGUCAAUCUGCCAUUGCCACAGAAACUAGGCUUGGUCCCACAGACAGUGCAGUACCAGCCACCACCACCCCCCCACUUCCUUCCUCCACCCACUCUACUCCCUCCACCCAUUGUCUCUACCCCAGCCACCCCCCAGAGCCCUCCGGUGGCUGUCCCCCCCACACCCAGCAGCCCCUCCCUAGCCUCUCUCUUCCACUCUUUGGGGCGCACUAUCUCUCGCUUCCGCUCCUCCCCUUCCUCCUCCCCCACCAACUCACUGCCCCUCUCCACAUCCCCCUCUUUCUCUUCCUKCUCUUCGGAGGACGAGGUGCUACUUAUCCCCCUCUCCGAGGACACAACCCCAGAGGACGACGUGCCCCUGCUUACACUCGACCCCUGACUUGAUCCAACACCCCUUCCCUAAAUGAUGACUCAAGCACAGGAGCACUGCAAGGCUCCCUCUCUCUCUCUCUCUCUCUAUCUGUGCUGGUCUGGUGCCUUGGAAUUGCAUUGGGUUGGAUGGUUUGAACUGACUAAAGGAAUCUAAUAUUCAAUGCUUUUAUGUUAUUGAGUGUGGAAACUCCUAGAGAAAGUGUGUGUAUUUGUGUGUGUGUGUAGUGUAUUUGUGUGUUGGAUGUGCACUUAUCCAGAUAUAGUCUGAAAGAGGUGAACUUUGCACAGAAAAUCUCCGCCUCAUGAUCUAAUUUAAGCAAUUAGGCACCUCUGGGGUUUGUGGUAUAUGGCCAAUAUACUACGGCUAAGGGCUGUUCUUAUGCAGGACGCAACACGAA